AUGGCUCCACCUAAGUACGAUUCGUUCAAGGAUUUGAGGAAGGGGAAAUAUGAUUGGAAGGUUCAAGCAAGAGUAAUGCAUGUAUGGAGAGGCUUCACUAAAGCGAAACAAGUUUUCAAAAGCUUCAACAUUUUACUGGUGGAUAGUAAACGUGUACGCAUUCAUGCAUUUGUUCCUGGAUCUGAGGCUGAUGAACUUGCUGAAAUUCUAGAAGUUGGCAAAGCUUACUUGAUAGAGAAUUUCACAGUAAAUGAUUACACCUUGGAUGACAAAUUUCGAUGUGUUUGGAAGGAUAUACAGAUCGUUUUCGAUAGUCAAACUAAAAUCACACUGUUGGACGAAAAAGCUGUUAACAUUGAAAAUUAUGUCUUUGAUUUCUUUGAUCUAUCUGACCUUCCUUCACUAUCAAAGCAGAACAUGUAUCUCACUGAUGUCAUUGGAGUUAUGGAGAAACCAAAACCUCUGGCCAAAAUACGAAAUAGACAUGGUAUAUUGCAAGACCAAAUCAAAUUUAGAAUCACUGAUGGGAGCAAAUAUGUGAAAGUAACUUUCUGGGAUGAGUUUGCUGUAAGAUUCUCGAAAGCACUGAAACCAAAUUUGGAAUGGCCGAUUAUCAUUGUCAUUGGGAGUGUUCGAGUACAAGAGUGGAAAGACGAAAUCGGAAUAGCUAAUGCGAGUGCAACAAACUUUUAUCUCAACUGUAACCACCGGAAAGUGGCUGAGAUCAGAAAGAGGUUGUCAAACAAAUCAUUUCCAGCCACCAACCUGGAUUAUGGAAGUAACCCAAGUACAAAUACAUUUAAAGUGCAAGCCAUUAAAGAUUUCAAAGAGGAUAAGAUUCAGAAGGAGGUUUUCUGUCAAGUCAAAAUCAGGAAAAUACAGAAUGUUAGCAGGUGGUUUGUGAAUGUUUGUACCUCAUGCUACAAAGAAACAGAGUUUACGGACAACAUCUACAACUGCAAAUACUACGAUAGGACAGGGUCAUAUCCAGAUAAGAAAUUCCAAAUUUGUAUUUUCGCUUCGGACGAAACAGGUGCAAUUGAUAUUCAGCUAGAAGAUCGUGAAGUUCGCACACUAAUUGGAAAAACUGUCUUCAGCAUUAUUGAUGAGGGACACACCGAUCAAACUAUACCACUCCUGUUAAAGAAUUUGGAGAACAAAGACUGCACAAUCAAGCUACUCAUAAGCAAAGAAAAUAUAACUGAGGGAUACCCUAUUUAUAAUGCAGAAGACAUAAUGGAAGGAUUUAGUGUUCAUGAUGACAGUGAAGAUGAAAGUAUUCCACAUCCAAUCGAACAGAUGCAAACUGAGCAAUGA